AUGGCCAGCGACGAUCGUUACAUGCAAUUUUUUAGGGAAACGGACAAAGACGGAAGCGGGACUCUGACUGUUCAAGAACUCAUCACCAUGCUCAAAAGUAAAGGCUAUGCCGGAUCUGACACUAAAAUUAGGCAAAUGUUUGAUCAGAUUGACACCUCUGGAGACGGAGUCCUAACUUUGAAUGAGUAUUUAAUAGGGAUGGGACAGAUUCCACCAGAAGAUCAUAAAGGAGCCACUAUGCGUUCUGUAUUCAGGCAGUUUGAUAAGAAUCGUGACGGUUGCAUUGAUAAAUCAGAGUUGGGAGAAGUCUUCAAAGAGAUGGGAAAUUAUUUGUCCCCGGCUGAAAUCGAUCGAAUGAUGAAACUCUGUGACACUGAUGGUUCAGGAACACUAAACUAUGAAGAGUUCAUCACCAAAGUGUUUGGCAAAAAAGUGUAA